UUCUAUCGUUAUCCGCCGAAGUAAAUACGUAAACGCUGAUACGCGCUGUGAAUUCCGUUUGUCGACCUCCGAUUGACAUCCAAUUUCCAUCGAGAACUGUCAAAUAUUAAGGAUACGACAAUGAUCCCAGUGAUUGAUGCUCUAUGUUCAGGUACUCUGGACACCCUCGAGUGACUGCUCUGUGUUGUUUGUGACAUAUUAAUCUGUGGUGCGGAGUAUCUUUGGAGAGGAUUGUCGGUGGUCGAAUCCGCCGGGCGAUCCUAAUUUGUUUUCCUUUCGCACGUGGACUUAUUGCAGGUCACAACGCUGGAACAUUUAAGGCCCAUCGUGGCUUCAAUCAACACCCUCAUCGGCAAUUGUGAGAAUAUGGAGGCCACGUAUUGCGUCGGAAACGAUGUAGAUGUCUGCAGAAUGUUUGAUCAGUAUUUGUACAAGAGGUCCGAAAACGUUGAUUUGUCGCUAAGCAUCCCACAAAACAAUUUCCAGUCGAACGGUUACGAAAUGAACGAUCAGACAUUUCACACGCCCAGUUUCGGCGACGAGGAAUUUGAUAUCCCCGCCAUCAACCCUCAACAACAGCAGGCGCAGCAGCAGCAGCAGAAUCACCAUGGUCACCAGAACCACGGCGACCAGCAACAACACUACCAGCCGCCCAUGCAGAGCAUGCAACAAAUGAGUCAGCAAAAUCAGCAGCAAGACGCGAUGGGCAUGCACGAUCCGACCGGCGGCUACCAACAGCCUCUUUACCUGUCUGGACCCGAUCACGGGAUGGUGAAUCCCUCGUAUCACAGUCCGCAGAGCAAUUAUUCUAUGAGUCAGCAGCAACAACAGCAUAACAACCAGUUGUUGAUGAUCCAGCAGCAACAGCAACACCAGCAGAUGAUGAUGAGCCACGGGCAGCCUCCUCCCGGUAGCAUGGGAGGAUAUGGGGCGUCGCCCCAGCAUCCCCAAGGUAGAGGAAACAGUCCGCCUGCCGCCCCUGGCCAGGAACACACCACCAGCGAUGAUAGCGAUGACAGCACGCCGCAUCCAGCCAUGAUAGCCCCAAUGAAGCGACCGUCUCCAGAGCCGGAGAUAACAAAAGCACAAAAGAAACCCAAGGUGCAGAAAAAGAAGAAAAAGAGGGACCCCAACGAGCCACAGAAACCUGUCUCCGCCUACGCUUUGUUUUUCCGUGAUACUCAAGCUGCCAUAAAGGGCCAAAAUCCGAAUGCAAGUUUUGGAGAAGUUUCAAAGAUCGUUGCAUCGAUGUGGGAUGCAUUGGAUUCCGAACAUAAGAACGUUUACAAGAAGAAAACUGAAGCGGCUAAAAAGGAAUACUUGAAGGCUCUAGCUGCAUACAGGGCGAGCUUGGUGUCCAAGGGAGCAGGAGAAGGAGAUGGCAUGUAUGGAAACUACAGUAAUUAUACCCCUAACAACCCCCAGUAUGGAGGUUACAACCCCCAAGGAAGAACAGUCCCCUCGCCGCCAAUGUCUCAAGCACCUACUCCACCCUCCAAUCAGCAAGGAGGACCAAUGAAGAAACCACAAGGGAUGAUGGGUCCAGGAGGACCUAUGAACCCAGGGCAACAAGGUCCGCAUCAGGGCAUGAUGCAAUCACCUAUGGGCCACAUGGGCAUGGGACAUAUGCAGCAGCAGCAGCAUAGUAGUUACAUGCAACAGCCUCAUCCAUCUCAGCAUAUGCCUGUAUCUCCGCAACAGCAGCAUCACCCCCAUUCGCCGCAGCAACACGUACCCGUAUCUCCCCAUAUGCAACACAUGAGCCCCCAGCCAAUGGUAUCCAGUUCACCGCCCGUAUCCGCGCCUUCGCCAGCCAUACCUACGUCGGUGGCGCAGCAACAGAGCAUGGCCGCUCAGGUUGCCGCCCAUCAGCAGCAGCAGGCUGCGGCGGCAGCUCAUCACCAAGCACAAGCGCAGGCGCAGCAGGGUCAAAUGGGGCCUGGACAGAGGCCAAACUCGUGCAUACGUCAUGGUUGCCCCAAUCCAGCUAUAACAAAUCCCGAAUGGGAAGACGAAUAUUGCAGUAACGAAUGCGUUGUGAGCCAUUGCAGAGAUGUUUUCACAAAUUGGGUCGUCAGCAACAAGAACCAAUCACAAAAUUUUUCCACUGUUAAAUAAACAAUAUCCUAUUUAGGCUAAGAAAAUGAGACAUUUAUAGAAGCAAUACCAACAAAUUGAUACUUUGAGCCAUACACUUGAAUGUUGGAUCAAGAUUGAAUGAAGGCAAAAUUUAGACCACCCUGUUAACCCCUAAAGAUUCAUUGAAAAAUUGACAUUUAAAAUGAGAUAUUUUGAUACGAGAAGUUGCUGGAAUCUUGAAACGCAUUAACGUGUGUAGUUCAAAGUUCAAUAAAAAUAGAAUUUCUUAUGAAUAUUGAAAUUCGAAUGUGUGCAACAAGUGAAAAAUCUGAGGUUUCAUUCAAUAGUAUAUAGUGUAUUAAGGAAGUUGUACAUAAUGAAGAUAUUGGAAAAUGAUAUCUAUUCCAAGAACCAGAGAGUGGUCGAAGUAUAUGUAUUUGUGAAAGCAAUAGAAGAGAGCAAUACAAGCGAGGAGUCAGAUAACGUGGAGCCAUACUGGGCAGGUUGAUGAAAGCGUUGUAACUUUUUUAAAUGAGAAAAUGAUUGUUGGAAAAAUAUUGUUUGAAUGUUUUUUUAUUUUGAAUUUGAAAUGUAUUUAUUGUUCAAUUCGUAGCUGUAAACUAUCAGAACAAGAUAACUGUUAAUAAAAUAGUGAGAAUGUAA